AUGGCGAAAACCCGUAAAUGGAUUCUCACAAUCACUCUUCUCUGCUUUCUGGUUGCAUCAUCUUCACAGGCUGCUCAAGAAACAGGAGAAGUCAUCAAUUCACCAACAAAGCUACAAGGUGAUCCAAUUGAGAACCAGAACCAACCAAUUCUUGGUCAACCAUCUUCAUCUUCUCCUGUAAACCAGCCUUUAACCGGAUUUAAUCAGCCAUCAACAACAACUGGACUCAACCAACCAAUUCUUGGUCAACCAUCUUCUUCUUUAAACAAGCCUUUAACCGGUUUAAAUCAACCAUUAACCGGAUUUAAUCAGCCAUCAUCAAGUGGACUCAACCAACCGAUUCUUGGUCAACCAACAUCUUCUUCUGUUAACCAGCCUUUAACCGGGGUAAACCAACCAUUGACCGGGUUUAAUCAACCAUCAUCAACCGGAUUUAACCAACCAAUAUCUUCUUCAAAUCUCAACCAGCCAUUUUCGAAUCGACUCAACCAGAACAGUCUCUCUGGAAAUGGUAUUCCAUUUCUUAAUGGAAAUUCGAAGCUUGAGGUCUUCAUUACAAAGAUUGUCUUUGUCUGGAUUGCUCUUCUCCUAUCUUUGCAUGGUCCAGACAUGAACUGA